AAAAUCGAAACCCUCUGUCUGCCUCUCUCGUAACGGCUCUUUUGGUUCUCUCUCUCUCUCUCUCUCUCUCUCUCUUUCCAUUUCUAGGGUUUCUACGGUUUUCAUCUUGUCUUUUUCGCCAUUUCUGCUGCAAUGAAGAGCUCUUCGAAUCCCAGGAACGGAAUCCCGCGAGGGAUUUCGUCAUCUGAAAACCCUCAGUCCCCAAACCCCCCUUCUCAGAAGCACCAGAAACCUUUCCGCCGACCGAGAUCUGGAUUGGAAAAUGUCGAUCCAAACACGAUCGCAGAUCCUUCACUCCCAUCGCCUUCUCCCGCAUCAAAGCCGUCCCCUGCAGCAAAGAUCAGAAGCCCGCUUCCCCCGCGGCCGCCACCAAAUCCUCUCAAACGGAAAUUGAGUGCUGAAACUGCUAUUGACAAUGGAGCCCUAGCGUCCGCUGAUUCUGGUGUGCAGGUAAUAGUUCGUAUGCGGCCUUCAAACAAGGAAGAGGAAGAAGGGGAACAGAUAGUGCAGAAGAUUUCCACUAAUUCCUUGUCCAUCCUAGAUCACGUCUUCACGUUUGACUCGGUUGCUGACACAGAUUCGACCCAGCAUGAUAUAUUUGAGCUUGUAGGCAUGCCGCUGGUUGAAAACUGUUUGGCUGGGUUUAACAGUUCCAUAUUUGCAUAUGGACAGACUGGAAGUGGAAAGACAUAUACCAUGUGGGGACCACCGAAUGCCCUGGUUGAAGAUACUCCGUCAAGUAAUCAUCAGAAGGGUUUAACUCCCCGCGUCUUUGAGCGACUUUUUGCACGAAUAAAUGAAGAGCAAGUUAAGCAAGCUGACAAACAGUUGAAUUAUCAAUGCCGCUGUUCAUUUUUGGAGAUUUAUAAUGAACAAAUCACUGACUUAUUGGAUCCAAAUCAAAAGAACCUUCAGAUUAGAGAAGAUGUCAAGUCUGGCGUGUAUGUUGACAAUUUGACUGAGGAGUAUGUCUGUACAAUGAAGGACCUAAGUCAGCUUCUAAUAAAGGGAUUGGCAAAUAGGAGAAUUGGUUCCACAAGCAUAAAUGCAGAGAGUUCCCGUUCACACAGUGUCUUUACUUGUGUUGUCGAAUCUCGUUGCAAGAGUACAGCAGAUGGACUAAGCAGUUUGAGGAGCAGCAGAAUCAAUCUUGUUGAUCUUGCUGGAUCAGAAAGACAGAAACUGACAGGUGCGGCAGGAGAUCGUUUGAAGGAAGCAGGGAAUAUUAAUCGUUCCCUUUCUCAGCUUGGGAACUUGAUAAAUAUUCUUGCGGAAGUUUCCCAAUCUGGAAAGCAAAGGCAUAUUCCAUAUAGAGAUUCCAGGCUGACAUUCUUAUUACAGGAAUCAUUGGGUGGCAAUGCAAAACUGGCAAUGAUUUGUGCUAUUUCACCAUCACAAAGCUGUAAGAGUGAAACAUUGAGCACUUUGAGAUUUGCACAACGUGCAAAAGCCAUAAAGAACAAGGCGGUUGUGAAUGAAGUCACCCAGGAUGAUGUGAAAGCCAUGCGAGAACUCAUACGCCAACUGAAGGAUGAGCUUCAAAGAAUAAAGUCCAAUGGUGUUUAUUCAACCGGAUGGGAUGCACAUAGGAGCUUGAAUCUUUUGAGGUUGAGUCUCAAUCGUCCGGCAACAUUGCCUCGUGUGGAAGAUGACAGUGAUGAGGAGAUGGAAAUUGAUGAGGAAGAUGUUGAGAAGCUUUGUCUUCAAGUAGGUUUGCAAUCAGCUGCGUUUCAUGAUGUGGACAAGCUGCAUGUCCUGUCAGAAACAGCCUGUGAAGGAUUGAAAACUUCAAAGGAGAAGGAUUUUCCUACAAGUGUUUGUGGCAGCAAUCAAGACAUUGAAGAGGCUGAUGUCAAUAUGGAAGACUGUCAAUCAGAAAUGGCUUCUGACCAAGUCAAUGAGCACGUAAUCACUGCUGGCCACGAAGAGGCUGUUGCAAAUGCCCCAGUUUUUCCCAGUCCUGAUAUCCUAAAUCCCCCAGAUCAUGAAGGUAACGACAAUGAAAAACAUAUGGUCCAUACAACAACCGGUUUACUUGACGGUGGUUCUGGGGGACAACCAGUUGAGGAAAAGCUUUUGGUGUCCUCAGACUGUAGUUUGCUUAAUGGAGGAUCAGUUGACGAGCCGGUGGACGAAAAAGCCUCCACACGUGUAGAGCCUGUGGAGCUGGUGGACGAAAAAGCCUCCACAUGUGCAGAGCCUGUAGAGCUGGUGGAUAAAAAAGCUUCCACAUGUGUAGGGCCUGUGGACGAAAAACCCUCCACAUGUGUAGUGCCUGUGGAGGAAAAAGCUUCUAUGCAGGUGGACUCUAAACCAGCACUUGGAGAUUCUCCGGAUAUUACAGUCGAAGAUCCACCUCAGAAUUCUCCCACUUCUCUUAGCAUUGUACCAUGUGAGUCAUCACCAGUCCUGCGGUCUCCACCAUUGAGCGUCUCACCCAGAGUAGAUCACAAUAGCAGGAAAAGCCUUAGAACAUCAUCGACAUUAACAGCAUCUGGGAGAGAUGCUGCAAAGGACAUCAAUUCAUCAACAUUAACAGCAGGAACAAAGCCAUCUCUUGCACAGUCACUGAGAAAUAGUUCUUCCAAUGCUCUCUCCUCUCGACCAAUUAUGAAUUCCCUCAUGUCAACCGAAAACCUGGCAGCUAGCCUCCAUCGUGGUAUUCAAAUUAUCGACAGUCACCAGCAGAGUUCGGCUUUGAGGCUAUCUUCUCUUAGGUUUUCAUUUAAACCUGUGGAUCUCAAGCUGUUUCUGCCAGUCGAGAAGGUUGACGUGGGUGUACAAACUCUUCUGGAAGAGCCAGAAAUGCUGGAAAAUACAACAGAAUUCUUGUGCAGUUAUUGCAAGACAAGAACACCUCAGCUCGAAUGCAACAAAGAGGCUAACAAUACUACCGAAUUACCAUUAGUACCUGUUGAGGAAUCACAGGUUACUGAAAAAUCCAAGAAGCAAGUACCCAAAGCAGUGGAGAAGGUCUUGGCAGGAGCCAUCAGGAGAGAAAUGGCACUUGAAGAAUAUUGUUCGAGGCAAGCUGCGGAAAUUACACAACUAAACCGUUUGGUCCAACAAUACAAGCAUGAACGUGAGUGCAAUGCAAUAAUUGAACAGACACGUGAGGAUAAAAUCCGUCGUCUUGAGGCCCUUAUGGAUGGUGUUUUACCCACAGAGGAUUUCAUGGAGGAAGAGUUUGUGUCGCUUGCAAAUGAGCACAAGCUUCUGAGAGAGAAAUAUGAGAACCAUCCCGAGGUGCUUAGGACAAAAAUUGAGUUAAAAAGGGUUCAUGACGAGCUGGAUGGGUAUCGAAACUUCUUUGAUAUGGGCGAGAGGGAUGUCUUAAUGGAAGAAAUUCAGCAUUUGAGGAGCCAGUUGCAGUAUUACGUAGACUCUUCAGUUUCACCCAUGCCUACUCGAAAACAGGGUCCUUUGCUUCAGUUGACCUAUCCAAGUGAACCCACUUCAGCUCCUCUUGGUACGAUCCCAGAAUCUACUGAAGAAACCGCUGAGGAAAAAUUUGAACAGGAGAGGCGUUGUUGGACUGAGAGAGAGAGCAAAUGGAUCUCUCUUUCUGAAGAACUGAGGCUUGAGCUGGAAGCAAGCAAAUCUCUUGCAGGAAAACAGAAGCAAGAGCUCGACUCUGAGAAGAAAUGCUCGGAGGAGCUGAAAGAGGCACUGCAAAUGGCAAUGCAGGGUCACGCUCGCAUUCUUGAGCAGUAUGCAGAUCUUCAGGAGAAACACAUUGCUUUGCUUGCAAGGCAUCGGAGGAUUACGGAUGGGAUAGAAGAUGUAAAAAGAGCAGCCGCAAAAGCAGGAGUCAAGGGUGCUGAAUCUAGGUUCAUUAAUUCCCUUGCUGCUGAAAUUUCAGCCUUGAAAGUGGAAAGAGAGAAGGAGAGACGGUACUUCAGAGACGAAAACAAAGGACUUCAAUCUCAACUGAGGGAUACUGCUGAAGCUGUACAGGCUGCUGGCGAACUGCUCGUGCGCCUUAAAGAAGCUGAAGAAGCUGCUGCAGUUGCACAAAAGCGGGCCACAUUGGUGGAGCAAGUGGCUGAAAAAGCUCACCAAGAAAUUGAUGAGUUGAAGAAGAGACAUGAAAGAGAGAUCAGCACUCUGAACCAGUUCCUGGCAGAGUCUCGCCUGCCCAAGGAAGCAUUGAGACCCACGUAUGAUGAUGCCGACGUGCCCACCAGAUACAAUGGGGGGGAGAAUGAUCAACGGUGGAGACAAGAAUUUGAGCCGUUAUAUGAUGGGCGAGACAGUGAAUUCUCAAGAAUAGCUGAGCCUUCGUCAUGGUUUACUGGGUAUGAUAAAUGCAACAUAUAGAAACUGUUACUUGGGAGGCAAGCAGAAUCGUGUAUGUAUGUAAAAUCGACAUCUUUUCUACAACUUGGCAGCCGCGGGAUCGCUUGCUGACCGUGAGGGCUGAUUGAAAGGUCUUUGAGCGGCCGAAAAACAAGCACCUCUUGAUCCCAUGCUUCAGGGCCAAGAACUUGGUUGUUAUAUGUAUGUAUUUCUAAUGUGGGUUUUGCAAGAUUUAGUGGAAUGUGGAAAUAACAAAAUGAUUGGAGUAUUACUGAGGUUGA